AUGCUUCGGCCAUGCAUCACACUUGUUCUCGUAAAACUGUGUCUUCCCUAUGACACGCCAGCAGUAGAUCACUGCGGUCUUUCCGAUGAAUGGGAGGAAGCGUUGUUCAGCGCCGCUGUUUUCGACUUUUUUGGACCAGCAAACCCAGGAGUUGCAUUGGACAUGGGUUAUAGUUGGUCAUACGAACAAAAAGCAUACGCCAUUGGUAAGAGAAGAGACAGCCCCGACCGCAAGCAGAGAGGCUUAUGGUACGGCUACAAUAAUAAGAGAACUCCCCCUAACGAAAUCGCUGCAGACGCGUUUCAGGCGUGGAGGAAGGAACUAAAAGGAUUUUCACGACCUCCCAUAGAAAUUGGAUGCUGUAAGUUCGACUACAUCAACAGGAUAGCAGGAUACCUUGUGUGUGUCGUCAGUGCUCAACCAGUCAGAACACUAAAAAAUAGGACCGCUACGAAAAGAGGUUCUACGACAGUCCGUCCAAGGCGUUAA